AAAGACACACAAAACAAGAAAAGGAGAGUCGUGUGGUGAAAACAUGGUGGCGGCGGCUGACUUGUGCUUCUCCCGCCGGUCCACUCCGUAGGAGGGCCUCGCUUUCUCCUUCUUUUUCCUUUCCUGCCGUCACCGCCGAGCGCGGGGGCAGUAAGCUAACGACAUGACAGGAAUGGGCGCCUGGUCACAAAGUCCCGUUGUUGGGCCGUGCCGCCGCCGCCGUCGCGCUAGCUGCACAGCCGCCCGACCCAUCCGUCGCCUCUAGCUCCUCCGUCGAUCAUCUUUUGUCCGUCUUCAGCGGAACAACACAACCCUUUCCGCGGAAGCGAGUCACCGAUAUGGCAGGCAGAGGCAAGCCCCAGCCGGGCACGGCGUUGGGCUCCUACGAGGGCUUUGACAAACUCACAAGCAGCACUCUCAAGAGGCACCCCAAGAUGGAGCUGAGCAAGGCUGACCUGCUCAAGCUGCUGAGCGUGCUCGAAGGAGAACUGCAGGCCAGAGAAGUGGUCAUCGCUGUUCUCAAGGCGGAGCAGGUGAAGCAGCUGCUGUACCCGCGCGGCAAGGGCGGGUGCGGUGGCCCCAACGGGGGUGGCUCGGGGGGCGACCCCUGGGCCUCGCUGCAGCGGGACGUGCUGAAGGCGUACGACGGACGCUUCGACGCCGCCUCUGUGCGGGCCCUGCACGGGCUGCAGCUCUGCCACCUGGAGCACCUGAUCGCGCUACACCGCAGGGUGCAGGGCCGCACCCGGGAGGACCUCAGGGCCCUCGAGCAGCGCUGUGCAAAGCUGUGCCGCGAGCUGGACGAAGAGCGGGGCAAGCGCGUGAGGGACGCGGCCCAGGGGGACGACGUGACCUUCCUGCUGGAGAAGGAGCGGGAGCACCUGCGCCAGGAAAUCGACUACGAGCGCCAGCAGAAGCGCCGGCUCGAGAAGGACCUCCAGCAGGUGGGGGACUCCCUGGAGCUGGAGCGCAGUCGCCAGAAGCAGAUGGUGCUGCUCCUGCUCGGAGAGCGCAAGCGGCUCAUCCUCAGGCUCAUCCAGGAGCGGCAACGCGGAGACCAGCUGCUCCAGAGUCUGCAGGAAGAAAAGGCCCGCUCUGCGGACAUGGUGGAGGGACUGGAGGAAGAGAGCAAGCGCUCGCUGCAGAUGGAAGAGGAGAUGGAGCGGCAGGCCGCGGACUUUGAGCUGGAACGGGAGCGCUUCCAGGCGCAGCUGGGAGAACUGAAGGCCCUCAACGCCCAGCAGCAGGCAGAGCUAGAUCGGCUCCGCCUAGAGGCGGAGCGUGCUGCGGCGGCGGCCCCGCCCCUCCCGACGCCGCCCCUAGGCGAAGGGGUGCGCAGCGCCACAGUGGUGACCCCUGCCAGCGCCCCGCCCCCCUCGGUCCGGGCCGCCGUGCCCGCCCCGACCCCGCCCAGGGGCGUGGCCGUGGGACCCCGGGCCCCGCCCCUCAAGGUGGUGGGCCCGCCCCCGCCGGCCCCCGGUGCUCCGCCCCCGACACCGCAGGUGCCCCCCAAGCCGGCCCCCGACCGGACCCCGCCCAAGAAGGCGGGGCCUCCGUCAGUGGGUGGGGCCUCCCCGCGCCCGACCCCGCCCCCUGUGCCCCCCAACAAGCCCGUGCUGCAGCGCAAAGACCUGGGGCCCAAGCCCCCCGUGCCGCCGCGCAGCACUCCAGAGGUGGGUGUGCCGCCCCGGGCCGCGCCCCCUCCGGCUCUCGACCUGUUCGGUCCGGAGCUGGCGGACUUCCAGAGCCUGCUGGUUUCCAUGGCGACGGAUAGGUCCGGCCGACUGCGGAGCGGCGCACCCUGACUUGCGCUCCGGAUGCGUGCGUUUGUGUGUGCACUCUGUGUCUCGCCGUGCACGAGGGGUGCCUGGAUGUUGUGCCCGCAACGAGUCGUCGGCAUCUUGGGUUUCAUCACUGCCGCGUCGCUCACCAUCGCGUCACUCACAAUCCGUCGUCUGCACGCCUUGGGAGCGAGGCGGAAACGUCAAGUCUCCGCACCGCCCUGGGCACGUCUGCUACACGCAUGGCGGGAGCAUGCGGGCGCAGGUUCUUUGUGUUGGCCAACCGACGUUGUGUCUUUGGGUCGUUUGUUGCCACCGAGGUGGUGCAUGUUGUUGGUGCUGCAGCUCGGUAAUUUUACGUUCGUGCCUGCACGUUUUGUUGUUAACUUGGUGUGUACACCGCUUGUCUGAAUUGCUUUCAUUCAUUCCUUGUGAACGAAAGUGCCUGUGGCAGACGAAGAAAGCGCGACAUCUGCUCUGUUUCAUUUUCUGGUUUGCAUGUUCUGUGCACUUUCGGGUUAACCCUAACCUGCACUGCAUGCUGGCUGGUUCUCACACCCUUUGCUACCUCUUGCGAGUUUUACUGGAGUAGUCUUGGUUUCGUCUCGCUGUUUCGUUUUGAGUUGGUAGAAUUAUUCUUUUUGUUGUUGUUUGUGGCAACUUACCAAUCUUUUUGUUAGCACCGAGACAAAGGGUGAAAUUUGUCCCUCUUUACACGCACAAGAUCACAAAUUUAUUUCCAUCGUUGAAGUUGAUUCUUAAUGGCCCCGGCAGCAAAUACAAGCCGGACAUUGCAUUGUGCGGAUAAACUUGCAAGUCAUGGUUGACCGAUUUGCCGAAUGUCGUUCCCAUUCUCAACCCUUGGUCUGUAAGUGUUUAGCAUUCCGGUUUGCAUCAAAUUUGGAGGAGGCCACAGUGUAGACAUGUUUUUGUUAGGGCUGCUUGCAUGUGCAACUUGUACAGCUAACAUUGUUCCUUUGAUUGUCGUAAAUAUAAAAAGCGUGCUACCCUCACCUGCAUUUCAGGGUGCAAAGGCUAGCUUGUACUUGCCCGAGCAGCUAGCUCAACUUGUGAUAGUCACUGGACAAAACCUCAAACUGGCAGUGCUGUGGUCUGGUGAAUGCAUGUAGUGGGCAGCUCUCAUAUAUAUACAGGCAGUCUAAGACAAGAUCCCUUUAGUGGACAGGCGACCUUUACUUUGUAAACUUGUUCAAGAUUGUUUCAUCUAGUUUUAAGACAGCCUUAAAUAUUUUUUUUUUUUAUCUUUUUUGCCCCAAGCUGUCUUAGUGUGUCCAAAACAUUUUAGAAUUGUAAAAAUUUCCUCCUUGACGUCGGGGUCUUUUAGAUUUUUCAAAACUCCAUGGCCACAUAACGAGGCCUCAACCUUGGGCUGACUUGAAUCGUAAGUAGAGACAACUUGCAAAGGAUGUCAGGGAAUUUCUGAUACACUUUCUCCACACUGCCGUGAAAGGAUGGGAGCAGGAAUCGGAGGCUUCAAAGGCGCAAGCUUUUAAACUGCUGGCAGCUAGCAGCCUGCCGAAAUCCUGCUUUUGGGGCAGCAUGCUUGGCGCCGAGUACCUGACCUUAAUUUUGCUUCACCCUCUCUUUCCCCCUCCCCCCUUUCUGUAUCCUCUCCUCCUCAUAUUCCCUCUUUCCCUUUACAGGGUGGUGUGCAAAGGUGAUAGAGACACGGACCUUUCGUUAUCAGAUCUGAGGAGUGAACGGAAGUGGAGAGUGUGUGCUCGCGCGUGUUGCGGAUGAUGUUUGGCAAAGCGCUUCCAUCGGAACAAUUCUUUUACACGUGUCGUUCGCGUGUCGGCUCAAAGAGGUUUCAAACGUCGCGAGGAUCGCGAUUGACGGAUGUCGUCUCAAGCCGGAAGCGACCCGUGGUUCCACGUGCAGACGACUGGAGUUUUGGUUUCCAUCGAUCGCUAGCGCGUUGCGGAGAGGCGUUCAACUCUGCACCGCGAAAAAUGUUUUUAGGCAGCACUCGAAAAUGUUUAACAGGUCCGAGAUAUCCCACCUUCGUCACGUCAGAGUAUGGUAACUCCCGUUGGAGCCUUCGAGCGGUAGCGCACAAUUCACAAGGCGGUACGCAUGCUCCAAGUCCACUUGCGAAAGAUGCCGUCUAUGUUUGAGCCACCGAGACCAGAGACAGAAACUUGCGGCAGGGACACCCCAUUGCAUUGCUCGGCGUCUCGAGCAACAUUGCGGCGCAGUUAGAUUUGCAGUGCCACGCUCUUAAUGUUUUUUUUAAUUUAAUUUUUAAGGAGACAUAUCCACGGAAGUGUUGUACAUACCUCGGCGACCUUUGUAUUGUACAGAAGUAACCGCGUCCUUGUGCGCGUGGCAUCUGAUAGCCUAGUCGUAAACAGAGAGGAGUUCUGAAAGGGAUGCUGCUGGUCUGGCUUGGGUCGCUGCGAUUUUGUGUGGCAGCAUUUGCCCGAGCUUUUUUCUUUUUUUUCGGACCCACCGAAGAACUCUUAUCGCUUUUAUCGCGUUGAAUUAAGUUAAACCCAACAAACCAUUUUUAACAAGCUUCUUUCUAAUGCUUUUUUUUUUUAAGCUGUUUUAGUUUUAGGUGCACGACUUUGAAGGAAUUUGCAGGUUCUUAUUCAAAUACCCGAGAGUGGAGAACCUGGGAGGUUUCUGGAUUUGAAAAUUAUGUUUUUGUCCUUUGCGGCAUCUCAAAUUGCCACUUCCUUAGUGCCACAUUGAAGCUUUCUUUUUUUUUUUUAUUGUUAUUAUUAUUAGUUGCUUGGGGAGAAUGGGUUAAGAUUCUAGAGUGGCACGGGCAGUGCGAGUUGCGCGGUCUUGCGGUUGCUGCAAGAUGCGAGGUGUACUUAGACUCCGGGUUAGAAAGCUUGUGGUUGAGUCGGACUCCAGGCUCUUUUUAAUCCCUCCCCUCAGAGGUAACCUUCGGCGCCUUUGCGCAUUCUUUGCCUCUAAGAUUUUCCCGCAUCACGAGGCUCGUCAUUUCAAGAGCUCGCCCAAGAGUGCACCGCAAGAAAAUACCUCUCUCGACCAAAAAUUCAGGUUAGUCGUACUUACGAAUGUGCCAAAAAGCCACCUGUGUCACGAUAUGUCGACCGUUCCGGACCAAAACGAUGCGGACGGUCACACAAGUCCCGCGUCAUCCGAAGCCCCGCAAGUGCACCGCCGUCGAGGGAAGUCUUCCACGGACACUUCGUCAGUUUGCCGUCGUAAAUCCCGACAAGUGACGCGCCGGGACCCUGCAGCACCGCCGACGCAAACUUUUCGGAAAAAGGCACGCAAUUUUUUCGGCGCGUUUGGGUACCGAACAUUCUGUACAGGCGGCGUGGAAGCGCGUUUUAGAGUUGUCUGGUCACAAGUGUCGUCCCGUACAAGUCGCCGGAUGACGAAGAUUCGGAAGUGCCGGGGUCAUUAUGCAUUGUCGUCCUCUGUGAAGUCGGCGUGAAUCGAGAGAGCCAGUGUCUGAGGUCGUUGUGCCGACAAACGCACCGCACAUUUCGCCACGCGUCGUAGGUUUGUGUGCCGUGUAGAAGCCUCGCCAUGCGUUUCGUCCCUGCACACUCUUAAAACCAGCGCUAGUCAAAGCCCGGGGCCCGUGAGGCGUCGACGCGGUUUGCCCUGCUCUCAUCGUCACUGUGCUCUUCUUGAGAUUUUUGUUUGUGCACUCCCGCUGUCGCCGGAUAGGGGAAGGGUACGCACCUGCGUCUGGCGUCGACAAAAACAACUGCCUCUCACAAAUGCGACAAACGCAUCACGGCUCAGCGACACGUGGUGCAAAUGUAUGGCAAAAGCUCACGCCGUCGCGAGCUCAAUUCAGACUUUUGUUUGUUUUGAGUGUUGUACAAGCAUGCAUUUAAGCCAUCAUUAUUGCGUUAUGUGCAUUAAGAUGCCCAGGCUAGUGGUUGUACCUCACUGGCUGAAUUUUCCUUUUACGCAGCGAUAUUGGAUUCCUUUUUGAGGUUUGAUGCAACACAUAGCACGUUUUCAUGCAUAUGCCGCAAUUGCUGCUGUAUCUCGUUGAUUGAGAGAGUUGCUACAACCAUUUGUUGUUAGUGGAUUCACUGCAGUGGCCAUCACGUGUACACUGUGGUUUAGGUAGGUUCACCGAAAAAGUGCCGCCUCUCGCUCGGUGCCGUCACUACCCCUGUCCGGAGGCUCCGGUUGCCCGUCUUGCAUUGUAGGAGAUCAUUGCCGCAGUUUAUUUUUUCAAUUGCAUUUUAUUUGUGCUGUUCCGUUUGUGAUGCCGAGUGUUAACGAGAACAAAGGAUAGAUAUGUGCCAUAUCAGCCGAGCUCUUCUUUUCUUGACUUGCUGUUCAUGUUGCUGAUAGCAAUAAAAACGACACAUCCCAACUCGAGUCCUCUUUUGAUCUACUGAA